CAUCAUUCAAACAAAGUUUUCUCACUUCCUCAUCGCUAUUCUCCUCAUCAUCACAGUUAUUCCUAUCAUUACCAUUAUCAAUAUAUUAUCUUCCUCUUUCUUCGCCUUCCUCUUGUUCCUCACCGUCUCUUUUCAGUUUGCCUUUAGCUCUCAUUACAAAGAGUCGCCUCUUUGAUUCAUUUUAUUUUAUUGAUCUUUGUUUUACCUUACAGGAAUGAUCACGUCCUCGCCUGAAUAUAAUUCCUAUCUCAAUUCAACUUGGGGGAACUCCUUACUACCAGUUGGUUAUUGGGGUCCACCUACAUCUUCAGAUUGGUGUGAGAGCAAUUAUGAUGUCAGCUUCUAUGUGGCCGAGUUCUUCAACUCGAUUUCGUCUUUCUCCAUGAUCCUGGUCGGACUUGUGGGCGUAUAUCUCCAUUCAAGCUUCGAGAAGCGGUUCUUGAUUACAUUUGGAUCAAUUGCGGUUGUUGGGCUCGGAUCAAUUGCAUUCCAUGGCACACUGUUGUUUCCUUUGCAAAUGUUGGAUGAGUUACCGAUGGUCUAUUCGAUCCUAUCCCUCGCUUACUGCUGCAUCGAAGAUCGAUCUUAUCGUCGUUAUGGGACAUGGUUUCCAAUCAGUAUUGCACUCUAUGGUCUCUUAACGACUGUGGUGAUGCUCAUUGCAGGCCCCGAGAAUCAUUUGCUCGAGUUUAUCGUCUUUCAGUCAUCGUUUGCAUUUGUAGUCCUGGUGGUGAUGUCUCAUAUCAUUAAGAUUUAUGGAAGCAUCCAGGACUUGUCCAUUAAGCGGUUGUGGGUCCUUACGGCCAUGACAGCACUCGUAUCGUAUAUUUUCUGGAAUAUUGACUUUCGUAUGUGUGAUAUAAUGCAGAGUUUGCCAGUGAACCCACAGUUACAUGCAAUCUGGCAUGUGGGUGCUUCGUUGAGCUCCUAUCUAGUCACGUUGUUGGUCUGCUAUCAGCGGGCAGAGAACUUGGGCCGUAAGCCAUCAAUGGAGUGGAAGUGGGGUGUUUUGCCGUAUGUGGUGGUCAAGUACAGCAAGUUUGACUAAAAAACCAGGCGCCAUGUUAAAUGUUGUAUGAUUUAAUAAAAAUGUGGCUUGUCACGGGACCAACUUUAAAAAA